AUGGCCUCCUUCAAUUGCUUAAUUUUGGCCUUCUUUGUUGCCUUAUCAUUUUCAAGCAUGGAUGCUGGCUUAGCAGCUCGUCAUCUCUUGCAAUUGCCCACGUUGCCUUCUGUGCCAAACUUGCCAAAGCCUGCACUGCCACCAAUGCCAGCCAUUCCAACUCUUCCACAGCCUACAUUGCCAACCUUGCCAACUGCCACUCUGCCUCCUAUUCCUAGCUUACCCACUGUCCCUACUGUCCCAAUGGUCACUUUGCCUCCUUUGCCAAGCAUUCCUUCAAUUCCCACUAUCCCAACAAUUCCCUCCAUCCCCUUCCUUUCUCCACCACCUGGAAACUAG